UAUUUACAUAAGAAAAAUUUCAUUAUUUUAAUUUUUGAUUUUUGAACGUAGGAAUUAAAAUAAAUGGAUAGAAGAAAUACAGAUAAAACGGAAUUCUCACUCAAAAUCUAAGGUGAUUUUAAGUUAAUUUCGAAAAAAUUUGUUAUUUUAGAAUAUAAAUUCUUUUCGAAAUAUUUACACUAGAAAAAGAUUGCACUGUUUAAAAUUUUGAUAAACUCAACAAAAGGUAUAAUUCAGAUACAUUUAUAAUUAAAUCUAUGAAACAUUCUAGUCAAGGUAAUUUGAAAUUUAAUUACGAUAAAAAGAAUUCCGAUUGUUAUGAUUACUAGUUUUGUACUCCUUAUUGGUAAAGCCAAAACGAUUUUCUCAGUGUAUUUUUCUCAAAAUAGCUAAAAUCUGUUGUAUUUCUAUAACAGAAAUUUUUUAAGUGAAUUGAUAUUAUCAUAUUUAUAAACUUUAAUAAAAUUAAUCAUGGGAGAUUCAAUUACGUUGAGUGAGUGUCUGGUGCAACAAAACAGUUAAUAAAAUCAAUCAAUAUAAAUUUUUGUGUCUUAAUAUUGUUGUGUGCUUUUAUAUAUACGAUAAACAUUUUUUGUGAGAGUGUAUCAUCUUGCGAUCAUUCUGUAUUUUCAUCUAGUUAACGCAGAAACGAAGUCUUUUUAAGAAUGGCAAAAAAGCGGGAAUGCAUAUCCAUUCACAUAGGGCAAGCGGGCGUGCAAAUGGGAAAUGCUUGCUGGGAGCUUUACUGUCUGGAGCACGGGAUACAUCCAGACGGGCAGAUGCCCAGCGAUGUUACCGUGGGCUCCGGUGAUGAUUCCUUUAAUGCGUUCUUUUCCGAAACGGGUUCGGGGAAGCAUGUCCCGCGAGCGGUUUUGGUCGAUCUCGAGCCAACGGUAGUAGACGAGGUGCGUACGGGCACUUACAGGCAAUUAUUCCAUCCGGAACAGAUGAUUACCGGGAAGGAGGAUGCGGCUAAUAAUUAUGCCAGAGGUCAUUAUACAAUAGGAAAAGAGAUCAUAGAUCUCACUUUGGACAGAAUACGCAGACUGACGGAGCAGUGCAAGGGCUUACAGGGCUUUUUAAUCUUCCAUUCAUUUGGCGGCGGCACGGGAUCCGGAUUUUCGAGUCUGCUUAUGGAACAGCUGUCUGCCGACUAUCCGAAGAGAAGUAAACUGACCUUUAGCAUUUAUCCAGCGCCACAGGUAUCGACUGCGGUAGUGGAGCCUUACAACGCAAUUCUGUACACUCAUCCGACGUUAGAGCAUAGCGAAGUGGCUUUCAUUGUAGAUAAUCAGGCCAUUUAUGAGCUAUGCAGAAGGAACUUAAACAUCGAUCGACCUACCUAUACGAAUCUGAAUCGACUGAUUGGACAAAUAGUGUCAUCCAUCACCGCCAGUUUGCGAUUCGACGGAGCCCUGAAUGUCGAUCUCACCGAAUUCCAGACGAAUUUAGUGCCUUAUCCACGUAUCCACUUUCCGCUCGCCACGUAUGCUCCUGUUCUGUCGGCGGAGAAAGCCGGGCACGAGAGAGUGAGCGUCUCGGAGAUAACGAAUUCCUGCUUCGAACCGAAUCACCAAAUGGUGAAUUGCGAUCAGCGCAUGGGGAAGUACAUGGCGGUAUGUUUGCUGUACAGAGGCGACGUGGUGCCCAAGGACGUGAACGCGGCGAUCGCGAUGAUAAAAGCACAAAAGCACGUGCAGUUCGUCGAAUGGUGCCCGACGGGAUUUAAGGUGGGAAUCAAUUAUCAGCCGCCCACCGUUGUACCGGGCGGAGAUCUCGCGCGGGUGGAGAGAGCGGUGUGCUGUCUCUGCAACACGACGGCGAUCGUAGACGCGUGGGCCCGGCUCGAUCAUAAAUUCGAUCUCAUGUACGCCAAGCGAGCUUUCGUGCAUUGGUUCGUCGGGGAAGGCAUGGAAGAGGGUGAAUUCUCGGAAGCCCGGGAAGAUCUGGCCGCCUUGGAGCUCGAUUAUCGCGAGGUGCAGGAAGAUGCCGUUAACGAGGAAGAGGAGGAAUACUAAAUUUCUUGAUCUCGUCAUCAUUAUAAUAACUCAAUGCUAUAAUAAUACAUGUCGUAAUACGCUUUACCGUUAUGUCAUAUUCAGAGUCUUUGAUUUACGUUACCUAUCGCUGUCGACAGUAUCCCUUACAUUAUGUCCAUAAAUAAAUUAUUUAUACAUUCUAGCCGAUAUGGAGUACAUGCAUACGUCCUUUUGAAGCGUGUCCAUUUUCAAAUUACAUCUCGCGCAUUGGCUCGCUAAAUUGGCUAGCGGCUAGACUGCAAGAACUGUAGUAAUAAUGUACCUAUCGACAGUUGGCUUCUUAGCAUAGCUAUCAAGCACUGACGAGAAUUAUCUACCUGUCUAUCUUUCACAAUAAGCACUGCCAUAUAAACGCAGUUGAAAAAUUGUCAGGACUGACAACGUCACGUUUAUCAUAUAUUGAUCAUUUAGUGUGAAUGUUUAUAUUACGAUAUAUUACAGUAUUGAAAAUGAUAAAUUAAAAUAUAUUUAGAUAACGUGA